UGACGAUAAGCCUACAAUCUUCGUUCACUGGUCGACAAUUAAUCAUCUCCGUAUUUAGCGGUCGAUUCCAGCACACCGAUGAACGUCUUUCCUUUUUCACGGAAUCAGUCGCCUGCAAUCAUUCCCGCUCAAGACGAGUCAACCUUUGACGAACGCACGCUAAUUAAGGAGCAAUCGAAAUAGGAGAAGACAGGGCGAGUAAUCGGAUGAAAGAAAUGGGAUCAAGCGCCAGUGUAAAGGUAUCUCCUAUAACCCAUCGGAGAGACACGGUUCAGACGUGCAAUCUGCAGGUCGCGUGGAAGAGACACAAAAAUAUUGAGAAAAUGCUUUAUGCUGCAAAGUUGGAGGCUUCAAGAACAGUCAAACUGCUACUACUUGGGGCUGGUGAAUCGGGCAAGAGUACAAUUGCAAAGCAGUUAAGAUUAAUACAUUUGAAUGGAUUCAGUGAGGAAGAACGUCUAGUGUUCAGGCUCAUCAUUCAUUGUAACGUGACCGAAUCUACGUUAGCACUCCUCGGUGCUAUGACCAAACUUGGCAUCAGUUUCAGCAAUCCGAAAAUAGAGAAUGACGCAGCAUAUCUCUACUCGUACAUGAACAUGACAGGAACACGUGACCAUGAAUUCACCCCAGAAUUGGUCCAAGUCAUUGACAGGAUAUGGAAUGACCAUGGCAUCCAGGAAUGCUACAAACGCAGCAAUGAGUUCCAACUCCUCGACAACGCAGGCUAUUUCUUCGGGAGAUUAUCUGCUCUCUCAGGUGAUAACUACAUACCGUGUGAUGAUGAUAUCAUCAGAGCUAGACUCAAGUCCACUGGAAUAAUACCUACGGAAUUCAAAUUCAGAAAACGAAGAUUUGUAGUUGUUGAUAUAGGUGGUCAACGGACAGAGAGGCGAAAAUGGAUACACUGUUUUGAUGACGUCACGGCUAUCAUUUACACAGUGGCGAUAAGUGCCUUCGAUCAGAAGUUGAGAGAGGAUCCGACAAAGAAUCGCAUCAGGGAGAGUAUGGACAUCUUUAAAGCGGUAUGUAACAGCGUCUGGUUUAAAAAAACAUCGCUAAUGAUCUUCUUCAAUAAAACAGACCUGUUUGAAGAGAAGAUCAAAACCGUUCCACUAACUGUCUUCAGCCCGGAGUACACAGGAUCCAAUAGCUCUCGCGAAGCAAGGAAUUACAUCCGUGACAAGUUUUUGGCGUUAAACAAGUUCAAACAUCGUCAAAUUUAUCACCAUUUCACCGUAGCAACCGACACACAGAAUAUUCAAUUCGUGUUCGAUUCUUGCGCAGACGUUAUCGUAAAAGGUUCCCUCGAAUCCAUCGGGAUGUUCUGAAGACAUGGGAGAAUUGCAUUGGUUCUCACUGGUUGUGUCGUGGAUAUGAAAGCAUCUGUGACUUCUCUGCAUUCCUGAAGUGGCCAAAUGGUUCGUCUACAUCAGUUAUUUGAUGCCCACUUUCUGUUGAAUUUGUAGGGAAUUGGAGUAGCAAAGUCUUCCUUAUAUGGGGAA